AUGGGGGACGAUACCAUAAUAUUCGAUACCUACCCUGCCUCGCUCACCCUUCAAACCACAUCCACCCUCCCCAAAAAUGAACUGACCGGUCAAGUCGAGAAGGCUUCAUCUAGAAAAGUUGAUGAACAAUCAUCAGCAUUAUCACAAGUUCCGAAUAUCCAACCAGAUACAAUUCCACUAGUUUCUGCUAGUCGUCAACCACAUCUCAGCGACAAUGGAGUUUCAUUAAGCGCGGAGGAAUCAUCUGAAGAAUUGAAGCAUGUCACAAAGCCCUUUACCUCCACAGCUAUUGAAGCAUCAGCCAACAGUUCUGAUGAUAAAAAUCCCAAAUCCCUCAAAGACCUUGUUGAGAGCUUCGAAAAGCUAAGGCUUGAACUCAUCGGCUUUUCUGAAGAACGAGUCGAGCGUAGUAUUGAGACUCGCGUCUUCGACGAGAAAAGAAUUCUCAUUGAAAAAUUUGAGAACCUUUCCGAAGUAUUUCGUGAAAUCAAUGAAAACACCAAGAAGAAUAAUGAUCUGAUUCAAAAGAUCAAUGACGAACUGGGUGCCAAUUAUCCUCUCCAGGAAUUGAGAGUAUUCUCUAUGUCUGAUACAGAUGAGCACAUCGUAAAAUUUACAGCUUCUCUAAGAGAACAAGCUACUGCUAAGAAAGAACAGCUAAGAAAGGAGUUUGAGGCCAUCAAGCUCGAAAUUUCCAUGGUCCUUGACAUCCCGACUAUGAGCACGUCUCCCCCAAGCAAUAUCAAGCCAGCCCAAAGCAAAGAUGACGCUAGCAACGUUGCACGGAUCCUCGAGGAAAAUGCUUCCCUGCAAAUCAAACUUGAUGCCGCACAAAAAGCUCAAGCCCGAGCUGAGGCAGCCCUGGAGCAAUACAAAGCCUGUCCCCCUCAAUCAAAUAGCACCACCGCCGCAGUCAAGCAAGAAUCAGAGAUAAUUGAACCCUAUCUUCCAUAUUAUAGGGUGACGGCACAAUUCUGUUCUCGUGUUCGGCACGGAUUUCAUCACUCUGGACGGCGCAUUCACCACGGCGGUGCGAUCCGUGAGAUUGAAGGCAGAGGUCCAGCAAGUAAGGAAGUGAUUGAUCUUCGUAACGAAACUUGUCAUCGAGGAGAUAUUGCCGCGGACUUUGCACUUUUCAUGGUCGAUCCCAAUCGUGCUGGCUGGAACGUUGGAGGUGAACGCUACAAUGACUUUUUGAAAUCCUAUCGCAUCACGCCGGAAGAAUGUAAAACACUCUUUCUAUUCUCCAAAGGCUAUCCACCAUCGAUUCUUCUCGAACCCCUCAACAUGCAUGCUACUAUGUAUAGGUGCUACUUCAAGACAAUUUACAACAGUAAUAGCAAAAAUGAUAAAGACUUCGAGACUUCUUUUGAAAGAAUUUUCUUGCAGUACAGACGUCUGUUGUCAACUAACGGUGUAUCUCUAUGGACUGAUCGACACAGAUCUCUGGUAAACCAUCUUAAUUCCGACAAACAAGCUAAGGCCGAUCAAAAAGCGAUGGAGGAGAUUGUUCGAGAAACCAUUGCUCAUCAGAAAGCUCAACUUGUUCGAGCCUAA